AUGGCCAUUGUUAAAACACCAGUGCUCAAAGUAAUUUUGUGUGGUGAAUACGGUGUAGGAAAAAGUUCUAUAUUCAGAAGGUUUAUAAAUAACACAUUUGUUCCAAAUUCAGACAGAAGAUCAACAUUAGGACUAGAUCACUUUGAGAAGGUCUUUCAAGUCGCGGACAGAGAUGUCAAGCUACAGUUAUGGGAUACUGGCGGAAUGGAAAGAAUUGCAUCAGUAACAUCUAGUUACUAUAAAUUUGCCGAAGCAGCUAUUCUGGUAUUUUCCCUUGAUAAUGCCUCCUCCUUUCAUGUGUUAAGCCAGCACUUGUUAGAUAUUGUGACAUAUGCUGAAAAUGCAAAAAUAUUUUUAUGUGGAAAUAAGUCAGACUUAGAAGGGACAUCGCCUCAAGUGACUGAUGCAGAUAUAGAAAAUUUUUGUGAACAAUGUCACAAUCUGAUAAGCACUACUUAUAAAACAUCGUGUAAAACAGGAAAAGGGUUGGAAGAAAUGUUUUCAGACAUAGCUCUACAGUUGGUAGAGUCAAACAGAUCAAGAAUAGAGUUGCAGACACUAGAUCAUAAUAGUUUUAAAAUAACUCAACCAGAACCCCCUGAAGAACCCUCGUGUAGUUGUUAA